AUGAAAGAAAAAUUCACUGCUGCAGGCGGAGCAGCGAAGCUUCGUAGACAAGGCGGCUCACCCCAUCCCUCUGUCAGUUCAAGCAGAAACCAAGUGAGACCGAGUUGGCCCGCUCUUGAUGUUGAUGGAGGAAUGAGAACUGCUAAUGGACUGCCAGGAUUCGAAAUAGCUAUCAGUUCAAGCUUUGGCAAAGCAGAUAGGGCUAGCGAACGAGGGGAAAAAGAAAAGAAGCUCUUGUAUGAUAAAGCAAGUCAGCUGCUUCGGGGCUGCCCUAAGUUGGUUCACAGAUAUUCCUCCAAACUCCAUACACAGUUGCUUAAGGUCUUUUACGAAAACUUCUACGAAUCAGUAAGAAAACAUACCUUCGCAGAGUUGGCAGCAACUAAUAUAAAGCCUGAUGAGAGCUUCGACGAUUUCUUCCAAAGGUGGAGAGUAAAAGCAUGCGAAAAGAGGCUGACGGAGAAGGAGAUGAUCGAGCUAUGCAUAGAUUGCCUUCAGCGCGACCUGAGAGAAAAAAUGUACUUGGCCAAGCCAAAGACCGUUAAGGGUUGUGAUCAAGAGAUGCGCAUGUGA